AAAAUUUCCUUGCCUUUUCUUUUCGGAGUCUCGACAAACCAAUUUUCCAAAAAAAAAAAAUAAUCUUCAAAUUGGCUAAAAUUUAAUAAUUCUCAAAAAAAAAAUGUAUAACGGUUUUUGCUGCUCAAUUAAGGCUACAAUUAUAAACAUACUUUUGCGACGUUGCAAUGUUUUCCAACAAAUUGUGCGGCGCGGCAAGAACAUCGCCAUGAAUGACAGAAAAUCGUCGCAAAGAAAUUCUCAAAUAUAUCUUGGUCUGUAUCAAAUAGCUGGAAGAAACACAACACUGAAUUUGCUUGCGCCUUUCCAAAUAAGUCAUCGAGGUAUGCCACUUUUCCGGCCAUCGCUGCGGAUGUCGCACAGAGAUAUGGAAGUGCCGGAUUUCUCCGACUAUCGUCGAGAAGCAAAAAAUGAAGAUGAUCCUAAAGAUAAUCGUGCAGAGCAGCGUAAAGCCUUCACUUAUACUAUGGUGGCAGCUGGUGCGGUCGGCAGUUGUUAUGCAGCGAAGGGCAUAGUGCAUGCUUUCGUACGUUCCAUGAGCGUAACAGCCGAUGUAUUGGCUAUAGCCAAGAUUGAAAUCAAAUUGAAAGAUAUACCUGAGGGUAAGUCGGUAACAUUUAAGUGGCGUGGGAAACCGCUAUUUGUACGACAUCGUACAGAGGCUGAAAUAGAGGAUGUGCGCUCAGUUAAACUGUCCAGCCUUCGUGAUCCAGAAUCGGAUGACAAACGUGUUAAGGAUCCACGUUGGUUGAUUCUAAUCGGUGUGUGUACGCACUUGGGUUGUGUGCCCAUCGCGAAUGCGGGCGAUUUUGGUGGUUAUUACUGCCCGUGCCAUGGCUCACAUUUCGAUGCUUCUGGACGUGUACGUAAAGGUCCGGCACCACUUAAUUUAGCUGUCCCAAACUAUGAAUUUCUCGAUGAGGACACUCUACUCGUGGGCUGAGGCAAAAAGUAAGUAUACAGGAAAGUAGGAAAUAAAAUAUGCUGCCGACAAAUUACUAAGCCCAUAUUUUGCUUAAUACUAAUAGUUUUAUUCAUCGAACAUCGAAUUUAAAUAAUACGUCAAAUAAAAUUAUGGAGAGCUCAAA